UUACCUUCUCGUACUUUGUUAGGAAAGCAACCAGAGAAAUGGUCAAUGCAUGGUUUGCUGAGAGAGUUCACACCAUCCCUGUCUGCAAGGAAAGCCUCCGAGGCAACACGGAAUCCUGCUCUUGCCCCUCGCAGCAGACCACUCGUGCAGACAGCAGUGUCCCGGGGACACCGACCAGGAAAAUCUCCGCUUCUGAGUUUGACCGGCCCCUUAGACCCAUUGUUGUCAAAGAUUCCGAGGGGACUGUGAGCUUCCUCGCUGACUCAGAAAAGAAGGAACACAUGCCUCUAACCCCCCCAAGGUUUGCUCAUGAAGAAGGGGACCAGUGCUCGCAGCUCCUGGAACUAGUGAAAGAUAUUUCUAGUCAUUUGGAUGUCACAGCCUUGUGCCACAAAAUUUUUUUGCAUAUCCAUGGACUCAUCUCUGCUGACCGCUACUCCCUGUUCCUUGUCUGUGAGGACAGCUCCAAUGACAAGUUUCUUAUCAGCCGCCUCUUUGAUGUUGCUGAAGGCUCAACGCUGGAAGAGGCGUCAAAUAACUGUAUCCGCUUAGAAUGGAACAAAGGCAUUGUGGGACACGUGGCCGCACUCGGUGAGCCCUUGAACAUCAAAAAUGCAUACGAGGACCCUCGGUUCAAUGCUGAAGUGGACCAAAUUACAGGCUACAGGACACAAAGUAUUCUCUGUAUGCCAAUUAAGAAUCAUAGGGAAGAGGUUGUUGGUGUGGCUCAGGCCAUCAACAAGAAAUCUGGAAAUGGUGGGACAUUCACUGAAAAAGAUGAAAAGGACUUUGCUGCGUAUUUGGCAUUCUGUGGUAUUGUGCUUCAUAAUGCUCAGCUCUAUGAGACCUCACUGCUGGAGAACAAGAGGAAUCAGGUGUUGCUUGACCUUGCGAGCUUAAUUUUUGAAGAACAGCAGUCACUAGAAGUAAUUCUGAAGAAGAUCGCGGCCACAAUUAUCUCUUUCAUGCAGGUGCACAAGUGCACCAUUUUCAUAGCGGAUGAAGAUUGCUCUGAUUCCUUUUCUAGUGUGUUUCACAUGGAGUGUGAGGAGUUAGAAAAAUCAUCCGAUACUCUCAAAAGGGAACGUGAUGCAAACAAAAUCAAUUACAUGUACGCUCAGUACGUCAAGAAUACUAUGGAGCCACUUAAUAUACCAGAUGUCACGAAGGACAGAAGAUUUCCCUGGACAAAUGAAAACACCGGAAAUGUAAACCAGCAGCACAUUAGAAGUUUGCUUUGUACACCUAUUAAAAAUGGAAAGAAGAAUAAAGUGAUAGGGGUUUGCCAACUGGUUAAUAAGAUGGAGGAGAACACUGGCAAGGUUAAGCCGUUCAACCGGAAUGAUGAACAGUUUCUGGAAGCCUUUGUCAUCUUUUGUGGCUUGGGGAUCCAGAACACACAGAUGUACGAAGCAGUGGACAGAGCCAUGGCCAAGCAGAUGGUCACUCUGGAGGUUCUGUCAUACCAUGCUUCCGCCGCAGAGGAGGAAACAAGAGAGCUCCAGUCUUUAGCGGCUGCUGUGGUUCCGUCUGCUCAGAGACUGAGGAUCACUGACUUCAGCUUCAGUGACUUUGAGCUGUCCGACCUGGAAACGGCCCUGUGCACAAUCCGGAUGUUCACCGACCUCAACCUUGUGCAGAACUUCCAGAUGAAACAUGAGGUUCUUUGCAGUUGGAUUUUAAGCGUCAAGAAGAAUUAUCGGAAGAACGUUGCCUAUCAUAAUUGGAGGCAUGCCUUCAAUACAGCUCAGUGCAUGUUUGCUGCUUUGAAAGCAGGCAAAAUUCAGGGCAGGUUGACUGACCUGGAGACCCUUGCAUUGCUCAUUGCUGCGCUGAGCCAUGACCUGGAUCACCGCGGCGUGAAUAACUCUUACAUCCAGCGAAGCGAACACCCCCUGGCGCAACUCUACUGCCAUUCCAUCAUGGAGCACCACCACUUCGACCAGUGCCUGAUGAUCCUCAACAGCCCAGGGAAUCAGAUCCUCAGUGGGCUUUCCAUUGAAGAAUAUAAGACCACAUUGAAAAUCAUCAAGCAAGCUAUUUUGGCCACAGAUCUAGCGCUGUUCAUUAAGAGGCGAGGAGAAUUCUUUGAACUUACAGGAAAAAAUCAAUUCAGUUUGGACGAUCCUCAUCAAAAGGAGUUAUUUUUAAAUGCCCUAUCUUUGUGUGCAUGUCUAUGUCUGUGUUUUCAGGAUCUAAUGAACAGAGAGAAGAAAAACAAGAUACCAAGUAUGCAAGUUGGAUUCAUAGAUGCCAUCUGUUUGCAACUGUAUGAGGCGCUGACCCGGGUCUCCGAGGCCUGCUUCCCUUUGCUGGACGGCUGCCGCCAGAACAGGCAGAAGUGGCAGGCGCUGGCCGAGCAGCAGGAGAAGACGCUGCUGAAUGGCGAGAGCGGCCAGGCCAAGCGCAGUUGAGCGGCCUCUGGCUCGCAGAGGGGACAUUGAUGGAGAUGGUGUCUUCUGCCGGAAGACACACGUCUUGCUACCUACACACAGUACACAUUGAGUGUGUGCUUUGCCACUUCCUGCUCUCUCUAUAUAUGUUUUGUUUUUUUUUUUCAUUUUUGCACAACUUUUUGAGAGGCAAGCAUGAAGUGCUGCCAGGAGACGUCUUUUCUGUGACUGUUUUAUGCCACUCCGCCAAGCUGAUCAACGACCCCGCCCCCGGCGUGCUGAGAAGCCUGCCGUGUGUGGUCAUGUGUGCAUUCUUGCCCUGAGGGUGUUAUUUGCUUGGAGAUUUUAAAUAAUUGAUGUGUGUGUGUGGGGGGGGGGUGUUUUGUGUGGGUGUGGAUGUCGCCGUGGGUGUGUGUUUUCUGAAUUGCCAAUCUUUCGAGAGUGCUUGGGAUUUUUCGUUCUCAAAGACAGGCUAGGAGCAAAUGGAACGUCUUCUGUGACAUUGCAAGCCUUCCAAGGGCAGAGCAAAACACUGGCUGAGCGCACCUGAAUGGCAAAGAGGUCUAUUUGUCAACAGCGUUAUUACCUUACCAACAAUAACAACGGUCAGCCCCUCUCUAACAGACAGAAAAUGCUAUCCGACAGUAUGAGAAAGAGAAGGUAUUGGCUCACUGAUUUCUUUGCUGGCAGGCAGGAGAACUGUGUCAUUUCCAGGCAGUACAUUUAUUCCCAGGCUACUGAAAUCCUCUUCAGUCUGACCUCUCUGGUGUAAAAGCAGAGACUUCUGAAAAGAUCCAGGCCCGGUGGAGGGACAGUGAGCGUGAUGCAGAAAUGGGCCAGUGUUUAAUUCUGUCAGGGAAGGGAAACAUGGAGUCGGAAGACGCUUCUCAAAGUGUUUUCAACAUUGAACUUCCUUUUCUAAACAACUUUCUCAACUCUCUAUGGCUUUUAAGUCCGCAGCUUCGAUCUCCAGAGGGUACUGCGGAAAGGAGUUAAUUGGAGCACUGGCCGGAACUGAGAAAGGAAGCAAGUACAAAUGGAAUUCAUUUGCCUGUCAGGCAAAGUGUAGAGAAAAGUGUGAACUACAUAAACAGCCACAAGCUCUCCUCAACGCGGAGCUCAGAAAUGAACUCAAGGGAGCGGGCCUGACUAAAAUGCAGCAAGUCCUAAAAUCUGUGGUUGAGAAGCUGCAAUGCUUGGGCCUAGAGGACCAGUGAGCCCAGAAUCACAGAAAUUUAGGAAUCAUGAUAAACAACCACUAGCCCUCAAUUUGUAGCUAGAGCUAUUUUCUUCCCAUUCUUUUUAAUAUAGUGAAGACUGUUAGGGAAUUUGAACCCUUUCAGUCGAGUCCCAUAGACAUGUCUACCCUAAAUACACAUUUAUUCAGUGUUGGCAAAGUAGCCUAGUGAGUGAGCAAACUGGCCCAUGAAGGAAAGUAUGUUCCAAAUAUCCAAAAACCUUUGCAUUUUAGGAGAGUGAGAAAUGAGAUAGUUUUAUUCCUAUUCCCACCCACCCAAAAAAAAUGUGUCAUCUGAGUUUCUAUCACUAAUUUGAAUAGGGUAAUACAGCAAUCUCAAAAACCUUUCACCUAAAAGACAUUGUCUUUUCCUUUGAAAUCUUUUUUUCUCCUAAACUCUUGAGUGUCAACAUAUUUUCUCUACCUGUUUUUUGGUUUAUUUUAUUUUUAAUUCUGAAUGUGUGUAUAUAUAUCUGGUGACAUGUGGCUUCCUUACCUUGCGGGGUGGCGGGGGUGGGGGUAGAAGACGACAAACCGUAUUGCUGUUACUCUAGCUUAGGUCGUUAUCCACGGAGGUUGUUAUUGUUAUGAUGCUUGUAGUUUCUGUCAUCCAGACGUGUUCUGCAAGGUGGCCUCUUGGUGGCACUGGUGUGUAAAUUACACAGCCAGUCACUAGGACAAUUGUGCUAACAUACUGGUGUACACCUGUGCAUGCAUACAUAAGUUCUUAGUGGGAAAAGAAAAAUCGAUGAAGACUAGAGAUCUUUACAAGCUCUUUUUAUCACACAUAUCUAUCACCACAUACUCAGAAGUUUCUUGCAGGCCCCAGGAGCAUGUGUCCCUGAGAAUUCUUCGUGCAAGUCUGGUAGGUUGUGUGCCAAGGAUUUGGACACAUGCCAUUUUCAUAAGCAAGAUCUGUUUAGGAAUGCUUUGGUGUGCCUGGCUUUGCUGUUUAGAUAUUGAAAGAGUUGGGCAGUGCCAUGGCUGUGUCCUCUUGGAAAAAGAGGGCUUCUUUAGGACUGGAGAAUUGGUUCCAGGGAUUUUUUUUACCUGUUUGGAAAAUCACUUCACACUUGGCUCCUAUCUGUGGUACAUGGGCACAAAUGAAUUUUUUUAUUUUUUGGUCUUUGUGUGACUAUUUGCUUUCUAGAUCAGCCCUCCUUCCCCCUACCCUAUAUUUAUAUAACCCAUAACUCCAUAACUGCUGUAGAUCCAAAAAGUGGUUUAUUUUCCUUUGUUUGAGUUACAGUUGAGUAAUAGAAUACCAUUUAACUUCCAUUUUCAUCUAAAAACUGUAAGUGGCUAAAAGUGCCUGGCUGUGUGUUUUUCAAAAGGCUGGCCUUUGCUUCUCUGUGGGAACUUGUGUCCGACACUUCACCUCCAUGCACACAUACACAUACACACGCACGCACCCCUCCAGAGCAACUCGCACUAUUACUGGCAGCGGCUAAGCGGUUGUCUUCAAAGAGGACAUCCCAUAAGCUAGCUCCUGUGUAUUCAUCAGGCCCUGAAGACCACUGCCCACACGGGGAUGCCAGGCUGCCCUCCAGCAAUGCUCGUAGGUACUUCCGUUGCCUUUCCAAGGCCCUGACCACCAAACGGACGUGGUGAUUUACCUGGCAGAGAGCUCCGUUGAAGCACUUCACCUCAGGCAGAAGUUUCCUUCGGGGUAGGGUGGUGGUGGAGAGGACGCGGUGUAAGACAAUAGACUGGGUUCUGGGAGGCAACUGGUCACAGAGGCUGGACAUGGCCUGGCAGAGAAGUGCCUUUCUUUCCGGCAUGCAGCACCCACACGAGGACCCGCCUCGAGCUGACUGUCAGGUGUGCUGUGUCUCCUACCAGGUGGUUCUGCCAGCUCUUGGCAGACCUGAGUGGUGGGAGGGAAGCGAUGCCCUGCACACGGUGGUGGUGCACACACGGCAGCGUGGCUCCUGCGUACGAGGCCCUUCCCGAGCCCGGGGACCAGGGUGGGCUCUGCGCGAACAUGUGGAGCUCACGCUAAGAGGCCUGUCCGCUUCCGGCCCCGCAAUGUCCUCGCGCAGUGGCUUCCAGAAAUGGACGGAUCCGUUUGGCCGCAGACUCUGGCUGGUCUUGAACUUUUCCGCUUAUGGCGAGCGCUCCCCUGGUUCUCUGCGGUCACAGCCACCGGACCAGGCGCCCCCUGCUCGUCCAGCCACGGAGCCCGCACGCACCGCCUGCCCACCGGCUCCCCAGACUCGUGCGUCCCGGGGCAGCACGUCUUCGCCGAGCCGGUGAAAGCACUGCACAUAGUUGAAAUUUUUUUUUUUAAUUUUCUAUGACGGCCUAAGAAAAGCGAACCUUGUGAAUCAUCACUAGCCACUGUUCAUAUCGAUUUGUAUUCUUAUACCUUUUCAAUCUAUAUUGGACAAAUAUAUAGUUUCUGGCACUAUUUUUGUACUAGGAUUAAGGAGUUAACUCUGUAUAUUUAGCCGUUUGAAAUGGUCGUGUGUACGCAAUCCCACCCCAAAGGGGGGUCUCCCCACCCUCUGUUCCCUGCACGGCACCGGAUGCUUGGGGUGGUUGUCCAAAACUACUCACCUGUCGGUGAUCUCCGCAGUUUUGUUUUGUUUUGUUUUUAUGGCCAUGCUUUGUAAAAAUAAAAGACUGAACAAGUG